AUGCCUCGAAAAAGGCCUGUCGCAAGCAUGCAAAAUCGACUCAGACAUCUUGAAAGCUUGGUGAAAGGCGUAAUGACUGGAGAAACUCCACAGUCGAUCGAUAAUGGUUCUCCAACAUCUCCUGGAAUGGUACAUGCCACGGAGACUAGGCUGACUAGUCAGUCUUCAGAAAUUCAUACAGAAUCCAUGGGAAUUGAAAACAUAUCACAAGGUAUUUCGGACUCUUUAGCAAGAAUGUCAGCGAAGGACUCAUUUGAUGGUGGACCUGAUGUCUUGAUCGGCACCAGCCAAUCGACAUUUGUGGGUGGAACUCACUGGGCGGCUAUUCUCGAAGAUAUCGAAGAUGUCAAAGAGUAUUUUGAAGAAAUGGAAGAUGGGCAGAAUGAGGAACCCGAAAUGAACUUUUCUACCAUCAACGCUAUUACCUUCAAUUAUCAACAGACAGCUACGAAAUCAGAUCUUGUCGGUGCGCUACCCCCAAAAUUCGUGGUUGAUAGAUUGAUUGCACGAUAUUUCAAUUGUCAUAGCCCCUUGAUUUCGAUUCUGCACAAGUCGAAAUUCGAGAAGGAAUACCAGACGUUUUGGUCAGACCCUAUCAAGGCGCCUGUCUCAUAUAUCGCCUUAAUCUUUGCGCUCAUAGCCAUAUCUUCCUUUGCAAUGAUCGGGGCAAAUGAACAGCACCCUGACACUCGUGGCUUGCCUGUGGAUAUGAUACGAUCAUAUCGCGGAUCGUGUCUUCAAGCUCUCAUACUGUCCGAGUAUACAAGACCGGGGCCUUACACGAUGGAAACCCUGUUUUUACAUCUUGAGGGAGAAUUUCUUUUCAGCAAAGAUGGUACACUUGUCCCUUAUCUUAUGAUAGGUACCAUCGUACGUCUGGCUCUCCGGAUAGGACUUCACAGAGAUCCGUCCAAAGCCGGAGGCAACUUUACACCUUUCCAAGCCGAGAUGCGUCGUCGCAUUUGGCAUCUCAUUGCGCAAAUGGACAUGCUAGGGAGCUUUCACGUCGGGCUACCCGGCCAAGUUGGCGCUAUUGAAAGCGAUGUCGAAUACCCCAGAAAUCUCAGGGAUGAAGACUUCAACGAAGACACUAAAGAGUUACCGCCCCCAAGACCCGCUUCUGAAUUUACCUCGAUCUCAUAUAUGAUAUGUAAGAGUAUAUUAUGUCACGAAUGCACACAAGUUGCAAGCUUCGCUCAUAGCUUAAAGCCACGUCCCUACGAAAACGUCCUCGAGCUUGAUCAAGCUCUCCACGCCGCUUUCGAAAAGGUACCAGCAUUCUAUCGCUUUGGACCGACUGGUAUUUCAAUUUUCGAGUCGCCCAACGUGGUGACUAAACAAUUUAGUUUGUUUCUACUCUAUCAUAAGGCACGAUGUAUGCUGCAUAGGAAAUACUUUAUACUCGCAAAUAGCGAUCAAAGAUACGAAAACUCGAGAAAAGAAGCUUUAGACGCCGCAAAACAACUACUAUGGGGUCAAUCAAUGACAUACGAGUCCGCAAUCGCACCAGGAGGGCCAUUAUCAAACGACAAAUGGUUCCUAUCUACCCUGGCAACACACGAUUUUCUCCUGGCAGCUAUGAUUCUGUACACUAGAAUCAUGCAAAUAAUCCCACGGCAACAAGAUCAAUAUGAAGUCUCGGAAAUGAUUGCGGCUAUUGAAAGAUCGCACCAUGCCUGGGGUAAUACUAAUGAGGCUUCGGCGAAGAAAGCUAGGAAUGUUUCUAAGGCUAUGUUGACGAAAAUACGUGCAGCACGUGCUGCUCAAAGUGGAAAGCACCAGGCGAAGGUGAAACAUGGGUACAAUCAAACGGACCAGGGAGUAGAGGCUCUUUCUCUUGGAGAUAUUGUUGGCCACGACAACUCGAUCAUCACGGACCACGAGUUGGAUCAAUGGAUGAACAUCGACAACUACGACGAGACCUCGCAAUCAUCAGGGGAUGGAUUGCUAAUGAACAAGAAUCCAAUGCCUUUAUCCGCGCCUUUUAAUACAUUCAUUGAUGUUCCGGGCAAUAUUGAUUGGGAUAUGUUUGAUGACGAAGUAUGGCCUCGGACCGAAGGUGGAGAAAACUGGCCUUUGGCAGAUUUCCCAGAUUUCCAAGCUUCAAGUUGA